AUGCAGCGACCAGGCGCGACACCCGUGUCCGCCAAUACACCCUUCUUCUCGUCCUCCUUCUUCUCUUCUUCCUCCAAGUCCCGCCCCGGCACAUCGUCAGGCGAGCAGCAGCAGCAACAACAGCCUCAGCAGCUACAGCCCCAGUCUCAAAUACCACAACCGCAGCUCUCGCCCUUCUUCCCGCCGCCCUCCGGCCCCAACGUACUGCUGAAGGAUCGCAAGAAUUCCUUCGCCCGAAAGACUUCGUUCAGCUCCCCCUCAAAGUCCAAGCGCCGCGCUUCCAGUUCCGGCGGAGGGGGCAAUGUCGUAGUCACCGACCGCAACGUCCCGCCCGCUCUCCCCGACUUCGCGCUCGCCGCCGCCGCAAAGAUCACCCGCGAGACGGACAAUAUCCAGAGCCCCGCCUCCACCGACAGCUUCACCAGGAUGCUGGGCCGUACGCAGACGGGCUCCAUGAGUCUCGCGCCCAGUGACCGCCUGCAACCCCCGCCAUCUGCGACGCACCCCAAUAUGUGGCAGUCAAGUGAGUCGGUCGUGCUGCACAUGCAGAUGCUAGAAAUGGCGAACAAGAGGAUAUCCACUUUGGACUACCUGCGCAAAGCCCAUGAAGGCCGGGUAUACUGGUUCAACACGAUCCUAUUCGACAAGCCCGAUCUGGCCCGCAUGCCCUCCUACGAAUCACGGAAACUCGCUCGCCGCGCCACGAACUACCUCUUGCUCGGCCUUUCCCUCCCCACCAUCGUGGAUCUCUAUGCCAACACCCCUAUCGAGUUCCUCCGCAGCCUGAACAACCUCCUCCAAGAGUUCGAGUCGUUCCAGCAGCUCCACAGCGAAGGCGGCAGCUCCACGAGUUCGCUGUCUCGCGCGCGGCUGCCGUCCAUGUUCAGGCGUCAGGCCGGCAAGUCCCGGCGUAGUGCGAGUGGCGCCAACGAUAUUGGGUACCCGGCCGACUCGGACCCCGCGAGCGGCGGCAGCUACGGCGGCAUUGGGGGCUCGUCGAGCGCGAGCGCGAGCGUCAUGUCGUUCGCGUCCAGCGACAACGACCUACUACCGGGCGAGGUGUACACGCACCUGCUGACGCCGUCGCUGCCGUUCGAGCCCGAUUUUUACGAGACUUUUGCGACGCUGUGCGAGGUGCUCAUCGACGUCUACACAAAGAUCCUGGCCCUGGUGCCCACGCCGAGGGAGACGUCGACACCGAUCGCAGAGCUGUUUGCGAAAGCGGAUGCCAAGGUGCGCAAAAUCAUUGUGCAGGGCGUCGUCAAGGAGUUUGAGGACAACAGCAGAACGCAUAUCAAGACGGAGAUGGGCAAUAUCGGCAAGGUUGUGCUUGGGGGCUUAAUGUGA